AUGAGAAUUUGGGACCUUUCUGGUACCGAAGAAGCUGCGAUCAAAUUUUUCAAAGACAAUGACGGCCUUUCUGACAAACAUGGAACCUUGCAGAAGAAAUUUUGCAAGCCCACGUACGUACUUAUAUUACAUGCUGAUGAAAAAGUGGAUUCAGAGGCAACGAGAUCAAACCUCUGCUUACGAUCUCAACUUUCACACGAUUAUACAGAACGCUUACAAUGGGCAUUAACAUUAUUUCAUUUGCAAUUGGCGCUUGGGAAAAUACCGCACAAUGAGUUGAAUUCUGCAAUGUGUACUGCGCAACCUGAUCAUAUUUUCCCUGUUACAGAAUCGUACACUCAGAAGCAGCAGCAAGAAGAUCCUUGCCAAACAAAAUCGAGAGUCGUCGGAGAUCUAGAAUACUGUGACCGCUAUUGGGAAUGCGUGAACGGUCGUGCAGAAUUAUUCGACUGUCCAAAUGGUCUAGUUUUCGCUGGCAAACACCGAGGCGUAACCGAGGGUUGCGACUAUCCAUGGAGGGCGAACUAUUGCGACGGAAAGCGCCAGGCGAAUCCACCGAUUCCAGCUGAACACUGUGAUUGGCUUUAUGGCAUUUUCGGCCAUGAGACGUCUUGCACUAGGUACUGGACUUGCUGGAACGGUACAGCCACAGAACAACUUUGCAUCGGUGGACUUUUAUACAACGAGAGAGCUAGGUCCUGCGAUUGGCCAGAGAACGUCGAAGGAUGCCAGAAGCAUCCUCUGUGCAAUGACGACGCAAACGGGAACGUUCCCCUGGGCAAGUCCUGCAACCGCUACUGGCAAUGCCAAGGCGGAUACCCACGACUGCAGAGAUGUCCAGCGAUGCUGGUGUUCGAUCGAAGGUCGUUAAGGUGCGUCGUCCCACCGACAGAAGACUGCGACGUGCCCACGACGCCACCAAAUCUCGAGGGCGACCUUCCCGAAGGUCGAAACGAGCAAGAACCAGAAGAGGAGAAUCUUCCACCGGGUGUACCACCAUUACCAGCUGGUGCAUUGCCAAUUUCCCUUCGAUCUCGUCCCAGAAAUUAG